CUAAUCAUUACGUCAUGGGUGCAACCCAAAACAAGAUGGCGGACGGGGAAGAAGAAGACAAAGAGACUGUAAUGGCGACUCCAGCGGCUCCUGCUUCUCCUCCUGGUCCUUUAGGCUCCUUUAGGAGUAUAGCAAUGUUUGCCUAUCAACCUGGCGGCCCUUACCCGAGCCAUUGCGGCUACUGUCACUCGGCAGAUGAGAGAUUUUGCGUGGAAGGUCUAUUCUCAGACAAAAUGUCCGUACAUGACUUUCAGUAUCUCGUUGAUAGAGGCUUCCAGCGCUCAGGGAAGUUCGUGUACCUCCCAGCCAACAAACUAACCUGCUGUCCACAAUAUGUACUGAGAUUGGACUGUAGUACUUUUCAUAUUUCUAAAGAACAGAGGAGAGCGAUAAGAAAGAUGAACGAGUAUCUUUUAAACGGGAGGAAAGAGGAGGAGGAGGGAGAGAGGUCUGAUACUAAAGGGACUGAGAUUAACGAUCAAAAUGAAGAGAUGGAGGGUCUACCUAGUGAAGGAGCAACAGUCUCAACUCCCUUGAAACCAAAGAAGGUUGUAAAACCAGGAGCAGGAGCAGAUCCUAACUUACCUCGCUGUAAGAAAGCGAAAGAGAGAAGGAGAGAGGCAAAGGAGAAGAAACAAGCUAAGAAAAACCCGCCACAACCUUUAAAACCUGCCCCGCCCACUGCAAAACCCAACCCUACCCAUGUUGAGGACCUACUUACCUUACCAGAUGCAGAAAAAUGCAAGCAUAAAUUAAGAAAAUCUUUAUUAUGUGUCAAUCCGGUUAAUGAUGAGUUUCUCGACACCUACCAGCAAAGUUAUGAGGUUUUCCGCAAGUUUCAAAUGAUAAUCCACAAAGAACCGCCCGAGAAAUGCGAGCAACAACACUUUGACCAGUUCUGUAUUGACAGCCCCCUCGUACAGGAGGAGGGCCCCCCGGGGUCAGAUAUUAAAUAUGGGUCCUAUCACCAACAAUAUUGGAUCGAUGAUAACCUCGUUAUGGUGGGUGUGGUCGAUAUACUACCCAGUGGGGUCCUAUGUAACUAUCUUUAUUACGACCCCUACUACCGAUUCAUUUUCCCGGGGGUCUACUCUGCAUUGUGCGAAAUUUCAAUGAACCAGACCCUCUACCAACGGGUCCCGGACCUAAGAUAUUACUACAUUGGUUAUUACGUACAUGAUUGUCCUAAAAUGAAUUAUAAAAGGAAAUACGACUCGUGCUACCUCCUCUGUCCUAUAACCCACCGCUACGUACCACUAGAGAUCUGUCGGAAGAAACUCGACUCCGCUAAGUACUGUCGGUUCUCUGACGAGGGGGCGGAGGUGGAAAGGGGAGGGGAGGGGGAGCUGGGGGAGGUACUUAUAGCGAGCGAUUUCGGAGAGUUUGGCUACAUAAAGUACUCUUUGAUAAGAGAUAGGAUGGAGGGGAAACUUGAUGAUCUAGUGAGGAGCUAUGUCGGGAUAGUCGGGAAGGAUUUGGCACAAACUAUGAUAUUAAAAAUAGUCGGACUUUAAAUUGAGGAAGAGGAGCAUAUAAUAGUCUUCUUUCUCUCUCUUUAGUACUUAAUUUUUGAACCCAGUUAUUAUUAUAAUUAAAGAUUAUUUCUAUGAAAUAUUAAUAAUUAAUUCUAGUAUCUGCAAAGGAAACAUACACUACAUGUAUAUAAUGUUGAGGACUCAUUUACACAAUUUUUGAUUUACUAUUUGAUUCUUUUUAUACUCAAUAA